AUGGCGAAGAGCAACGAAAACGUGGAAGGUGGUUACCAGUUGGGGGAGGACAUCGAGGUACUAGCGCCGAUGGUGGAGCGGAGAGGGGGAGGAGGUAAAGGUGAGAUGAACCAGGCAGAAGUGGAAAAGGGCGACGGCGGCGGAGGAGGGAGUGAAGCACGCGGAGCAACAGGAGGACUCAAGAUGACGUCAGCUGAUGACGUCCCCAUGUCUGCGGAUGACAUCAGAAUUCCAUCCUAUGACGUCACGAUGUCAGUGGAUGACGUCAUGGCUCUCCUGUUCUCCCAGGACCCCCUGCUUGCCCGCGCUGCUGCCGUCACUCUCAGCGACGCCCUGCUCUCGCCCGCCCUCUCUCCAACUCCAAGGUCCACUCCUGCCUGCCCUCCCUCCGUGCCUCCGGUUGUCCCUCCUGAGGCGACUUCAAGGUGCCCUCCUGCCUGCCCUGCUGUGCCGGCUUCAGCAGGGGGAGCGACCGUUGGGGCCAGCAAUACUCGAUUCACGAUUGAACCUCUUCCCUCCUUCACUGCUCUUCGCUCUCAUCCCAACAUGCCAGUGCCCUGUGCUGCGCUCUCUCUCUUCCACUCACUGCUCAAACGCCGGCCGCACACCGCACCACCACCACACUCCCCUGUGCACCCCUCCUCUGCGCGCCUCUCUUCCCUUGGCCUCUCGGCCGCCCUCGCCCUCCUGCACGCCACGCCAUGGCCCUCCCUCUCUCGCCUCUUUGGUUCUGCUGCUUUCAAGGCCCGCUCCUUGCUGCUACAGCAGGGGCGGCAGGGGCAGCAGAGGCAGCAAGGGCAGGGCCAGUCGUUGCAGCAUCAGCAGCAGGGGAGACAUAUUGGGAAACAGCAGGACUCAGAUGCAGCAGCAACAGCAGCAGCAGAUCUGGCGGUGGGAUGGUUGACCCGGCUGCUGUCCGGCUGUGUCAGUGCCAUCGCCAACAGCAAUGGCACCAGCAGCAUUGAGAAGCCUGGUACCAGCAGCAGUAUUGAGAAGCAUGGAGGUGGUGCAGGUGGAGAGUAUGCUGCUGCUGUCAUCACGAGGCAGGGUGACGGCACCAGCAGGGAAAGGGGCGAUGGGAGCAGCAGCAAGGAGAGUAAGACAGCUUCUGCUGAGCGUGUGCCGGAGGGGGUGUCUUCUGAGACGACUGAAGAGGCAUCUACUUCAUCAGUGGAAGGCGUGCUGGCAGUGGUGCACACGUGGCUCUCUAACUGCCUCCUCCCCAUGCUCGCCCAUGCCCCGUCAAGUGCUCCUGGCUCAUGCCCACCUGCCCCAGGCCCACAUACCUCAAGCGCAGGUUCCUCUCAGAAGCUGCUGCUCCGGUGCGCCCCUCUUUUCCCCUCUUACCCCCCUCUCUCUCACGCCAUCAUCACCUACCUCUCCGCCCUCCUCCCCCGCACACUCUCUCUCACCGUCUCUCCACACACACCCCCCUGCUGGGUCUUCUACUCUGCUAGACCAGCUUCCGCACUCCAUGCAGGUCCCACUCGCACUGCUGCUGUUCCUGCUGCUCCUCCUCCUGUUGCUCCUGCUGCAUCUACUGCCGGUUCAUCCCCCAUGGCUCACUUACUGCGUCUGCAGUUGCUGCUUCUCCUCCACGCCACGCACUUUCUCCUCCCCCACACGCACAUCUCGCUCCACCACUUGGCAAACAAGAGUUGCGGGGAUAAAACAGGAGCAGUAGGGGCAGGAGCUGUAGGGGGAGAAGAGGGAGGGGGGGAAGGAGGGAUGGGAGCGGAAGGGAAAGGAACAGCAAGAAAGGGAGUGGCACGGGGGCCAGGGCAGUGGGCUUGCAAGGGCGGGGAAGGAGGGGAAUUGGGGGCUGCAGGGAGCGGUGCAGUUGGUGGUUGUGAUGGUUACGGUAUUGGUGGUAGAUGCAGAGAUGGUGGUGAUUUUGGUGGCAGUGCUGGUGGUGUGAAUGGUGGCAUUGGUGGUGCUGGUGGUGGUGGUGGUGUUACUGAUUCUGCUUCGCUCACAACCCCUCACUCUCAAACAUCAUCACCAUCAGCAUCAGCAUCAUGGGGCAUUGGAGCUCGCCCGUCGCACCUGUCUCUGCCGCCCAUUGUGGAGCUGCUCUCACACGAGGAUGAUGUUCUGCUGGACGGUUUGUCGCUCCUUGCGUCCAUAUCAAAUCGAAUCAAGUGCCUCUCAGCACUCAAGCAAUCUAAAGGUUUAUCAGCGGCAGCACGUGAGUCGAAAGUGCCUGAGGCGAAUACCCUCCCCACUCCACCCCACACUCUUUCACUCCUCCUCACCGCAACCUCCCCCCGCUCUUUCUUCGCAUCUGCUGCCCCUUCCCACUCUCCCGCGCACAGGUGCCUGCCUGCAGCAGCUGCCACGUGGAAGCGCAGGAUUGGUCAUGCGUUGUGGGUAGAGUGUGUAGGGUCAGCUUCAAGAGAAGUGGCGGAGCAGUCAGAGAGUGAAAGUGAGAGAGGUCAGAGCGACCAAAUAGGAGGGAGUGAGGAAGGAGGAUGGAGCGAGGGCGAGGGAAAGGGAGAGGGAGAAGAAUCGAGUGAGGGAGAGGGAGAACAACGUAGGAGAGGGGCAGAGGUAAAGGGUGGGGUGAGUGCUGAGGAGUGCAGAAAAGAGGGAGAGGAGGAGAGAUGGGGGAUUCGAAAGACAUUCAAACGGCAGCUGGAGGAGCAGGAGGAGGGGAGGGGGAGGAGAGUGAGAAAGAGGAGGAUGGAGAAAGUGGGGUGUGGUGGUGAUGACGUGGAAUGGUGGCGUGAUAUGACUAAUGGUUGGAGGAAGGAAGGGAAGGUGGAGGGAGGAGAGGACGAGGAAGAGAGGGAGGAAGAGGAAACGGACCAAGAAGAUGAGGAGGAGAAAGAGGAGGAAGAGGAGGAAGCGGAGGGAGAGGAGGAAGAGGAGGAAGAGGAGGAAGAGGAGGAAGAGGAGGAAGAGGAUGACAUGAAAAUGGAUGAAAUGGGGCUGACCCAUGUUGCUGUAGUCACGCCAUCUACAGUCACGUGUUCCCCAGCAGGGCUAUCACAUUCUGCACUGGUGGAUUCUCUCCGGUGUCUCACUCAGCUGCACACACGACUCGCUCGCCUGCAGCACCUGGGGCUGUUCCCCUACAACGUGCAGCCACUGCUGACCAGGUUAUGCGAAUUUCUACAGGAAGAGGAACCGAAGGGAACACGGGGGAGAGGCGGAAUGGAGGUGUGGGUGGGUAUGGGAGGGGGGCUUGUACAGGCUGUGGGGGAUAUCCCUGAGGAGGAGGAGGAGGAUAUCCCUGAGGAGGGUAUCCCUGGGGAGGAUAACCCUGUGGAGGGUAACCCUGAGGUGGGUAACCUUGAGGAGGCGGCGGGUAUCCUUGAGGAGGUGGAGGAUAGCCACCAGGUGGUGGUGGAUAGCCUGAAAAUUGAUUGGAAAUAA